CGUGUUCAUAAAAUAAAAACGUUUAAAAAUUAAUUUAAAUUAAAGCAAUUCAUUCAAUGAAUAAGAAAGUAUAAUUGCAUUGGUGAACCUGCUAAAUAAACCCAUUAAAUUUAAUACUUUUAAAUAGAUAUAAAUUGUGCGCAUAUAAUAUAAAAAUAAACAAUUAGAUCAUCACCUGAAUACUUAAGUCGGACAUACAUUCCAUCUUUUAUCUCUUUUUACUUCAUUACUUUGUUUUACAAUAUUUUACCCGUAUGUCUUUGCUAACUUCAAUAUUGAAAAUGGUGGACAAAACGUCAAAAACUGCCUUUUAAUGAGGCAGUGGUGUGUUUACUUCUUUGCAAGUCGAUUUGAACCGACUUUUUGAAAGUUUUGGCCCCUCGGGGGUUACAGGUGACAACUACUAGAACAAAAUGUCUGUUAGAGCAUUAGGCACACGUUUGUUCAAACAUGGUGCAGCUUAUGUUCGGCAUAUAUGCAGAAGAGACCUUAACACAGCAAAAAUUGCCGACAAAAUUAAUGCUGUCAGCCAAGCACCUUCAGCAUCUGCACAGGUGUCAAAUGCCCUCGUUGUACCAAGAAAAUUCGCCCUAAGAAAUGUGGGAGUUCAAAUUGGUUUGCAAGCCCGUAGAAUCCUCAUUGAUAACGUGUUGAAUAGAGUGACCAACAGUUUGGCCCAAGAACUCAAAAAGAAAGCUGCUAGAAGAAUCUUAUAUGGCGAUUCUGGCCCCUUCUUUGCUUUGGUUGGUGUAAGUUUGGCUUCUGGUACAGGCAUUUUGACCAGGGAAGAUGAACUUGAGGGUGUUUGUUGGGAAAUAAGGGAAGCAGUUUCCAAAAUAAAAUGGCAGUAUCAUGACGUAGAAGUUGACGAAAACCGAUUCGAGGAAACCCCGAUUACAUUAAAUGAUUUAACUUUUGGCAAAGCAAUUGCCAAAGGAUCCAAUGCAGUUGUCUAUGCAGCCAAUAUAAAACCCUCUGAAACAGAACCAAAAACUGUUGUUGAAGAACAGGAAAACAAAGUGGAAAAUUUAGUCCCAGCAAAACUUAAAACUGAGGACUGUGAUGACAUUAAUAAAUAUCCAUUGGCUUUAAAAAUGAUGUUUAAUUAUGACAUACAAUCGAGUUCAAUGGCUAUUUUGAAGGCUAUGUAUAGAGAAACUGUUCCUGCCAGGGUUUAUCACAGCAAUGUUGGAGUUUCUGAUUGGGAAAUGGACUUGUCUUCAAGAAAAAUUCAACUUCCUCCCCACCCCAAUGUAGUGGCAAUAUUUUCCGUUUUUACCGAUUUUGUGCCGGAAUUGGAGGAUUGUAGAGGCUUGUAUCCAGCAGCAUUGCCUCCAAGAAUUUAUUCUGAAGGAUCAGGAAGAAACAUGUCGCUAUUUUUGCUCAUGAAAAGAUACCAUAACAGCCUUCAGGAAUACGUCCAAAACAACGACUUAUCCAUGAGAAAAUCCAUUUUGCUCCUAACCCAACUUUUCGAGGGCGUAGCCCACCUAAACGCCCACGGCAUAGCCCACCGCGACCUUAAAUCCGACAACCUCCUUCUGGACACGACCGAACCCGAAGUCCCUAUUUUGGUGAUCGGGGACUUCGGAUGUUGCCUUUCGGAUCGCGCUAACGGCCUCAUGCUGCCCUACGGCAGCUACGACGUCGACAGAGGCGGCAACAGCGCGCUCAUGGCACCCGAGAUCAUACUGCAGAAGCCGGGCACGUUCAGCGUGUUGAAUUACACCAAGUCGGAUCUUUGGGCGGUGGGUGCCAUCGCCUAUGAGAUUUUCGGUUGCGUAAACCCGUUCUACGGCAGUAAAGAUCGGGAGAAGUUGAGGAACGUGAAUUAUAAAGAGGAGGAUCUGCCCAAAUUGCCUGACGAGAUUCCUUUGAUCAUCAGGUGUUUGGUGGGCAAUUGUCUUAUGCGGAAUCCAAAAGAGCGAGUGAAUUCUGAGAUAGCUGCCAAUAUAUGUCAGCUAUUCUUAUGGGCUCCAAGUUCCUGGUUAAAGCCUGGUUUAGCUAAGCUACCAUCAAGUGCGGAAAUACUUCAAUGGUUGUUAAGUCUUACAACUAAAAUGCUUUGUGAAGGAAGAAUGAACAAUCAAUGCUUGAAGAAAUCUGGUAGGAGAAGCUACCCAGAGUAUCUAUUAAUUUCCUCUUUUCUCUGUAGAGCAAAACUGUCAAAUAUUAGGUCUGCCCUUACUUGGAUACAUAAUUGCUUUUAGAGCUUGGAGUGUACAUUAUAUUUUAUUUAUGCAGUCCUAUUUGAGGUUAUUUUAUUCUUAACUAACGUUACUUAAACUGGAUAUUUUGAGUCAAAAAUAAUAAAAAUUACAACAUGCUAAGACUGGAAUUGUGAUUUUAAAUUUAAACAAAAUUGUAAAUAUGUUGUGAAAUUAUACGUUUGGAAGUGUUGUA